UUAGAUUUCACUUAUGUUGAGUUUUACCGUGCUGAUAGCCUCAAAGUUAUCCCUUGUAUUCCUUGUCUUGAGGUGCUAGUGUUCUGGGAUUGUAAUGGGAUAGAUAAGUUUGUGAUCAAUGCUCCAAGACUUAAAUACCUCAGCUUCAUGGACGCUCAUUUCGUGGCUGAAUGGAAAUGGUUUGAGCUUCAUUUUCCUGUCAUUAAGACUCUUUGCUUCGGUGCAUCUACGUUUGUGUAUAACAUUGAUGCUCCAAUAAAUAUGCAAGAGAGGCUUCCAAUUGCUACAAACCUGCAAGUGAUUGAGCUGCAUACUUUUAGGUUUACUGAUGUGAAUUGCGUUAAUUUUGUUAUUCAAUUGCUUCGGAAAUGCCCAAAGCUACGCGAACUGGAGAUAUUUAUAAGAAAGCACCAGUCACAUUUGCAUGGUGAAGCUGAUCC